GUCUCCUAUAAGAGGAGACGUUCCGGCUGCGGGAGGAGACCGUGUGCUGUCCUCCUCCUCUUCCUCCUCCUCCUCCUCCUCUUCCUCCUCCUCUUCAGUAUGGACACCUGUGGGAUGCUCCGUGCGCUGCUGCUGUGCGUCGGCCUGUUGUCCGUCCUCUGCCUGGCGGACCUGGACGCAUCUGCAGAGGAAUCCACCGCAGACAAAGACCUGAUCGAGGCUCUGGAGGCGCUGCUGGGUCGGAUGCACAGCACAGAAAAAAGAGGCAGCAUCCCACUGUGUGGGAUGGGCAGUAGGUGUGCCAUGAAGUUCGGACCUCGCAUUGGGAAACUGUGCGACUGUGGCCAAGGGGCCAACUGUAAUUCAUAUCUGCUCAAAUGCAUCUGAAGAUCCACAGAUCAGAGAAGCACAGAGCUCUUCGAAGUCUGGUCCCCGUCAUCAGCCUUUACUGUCCUCAUUUGUAUUCGUUCCAUCUGCUUGAACCCUGAAGACAAGCAUGAGCCCAUGUUUGUGUUUGUGUUUGUGUUUGUGUAUGUCACUGUUUCCUGUUCAAUAAACACAUUUAUCAACA